CCAACUCGCCUCGCACAUGUCAUCGCACGUCGGACUGCGCGGCCAUAUUGCCAUGACGGAAAGCGUCACACAGGACGAAUCGUCCAUGUCGGUUGCGUCUGAACCCGUGGUCACGCCGAUCAUGGAACCGAAGCCCCGCCAUACUUAUGACCUCGUGAACGACCCUGCCCAGUCGAUGGAACAAUCGAAAUGGGUGAAGUGGUACUUGGGGGCCCCCGGGACGGUCUUGGGGACGGUCGUGGGGAUCGUGGUGGUGCUGGUGCUCGAGCAAAUCCCAGCGUUACACGAGUUUGCCAACGCCAACUUGGAGUUCGCAGACCAAAUUCACUUCAUUGGAAGGAUCUACUUUCGAGCCCUCACCUGCGUAACCAUCCCGUUGGCGUUUCUCAAUGUGACCAUGUGCAUUUCAGACUUGGUGGCAUCCCAAAUGAGGCGCAAAGUGCUGUUGGUUGCGUUGACGCUGUUCACGACAACGUGUGCGUUGGCCCAAGGGUUAUUUUGGUGCCACUUUUUCGCGAGCUCGUUCGACGGCCAUGCGUACUUGGGCGGACUCCCAGAGGCCGACGUGACCAUUCAGUGCCCUAGCCGCAGUAGCGGUAAUGCCCCCCCCGCUUUGUUGCAGCACGACCCAUCGACGGGGGCCCUGUCUUGCGUCCAAAGCAACUUCGAGGGCGGUUAUGCCAACUUUUCAACCACCAGCCUGCCCUUCGAACCCAACUUUCCCGAGACAUACGUCAAAUGGUUCCCAUCAAGUAUUGCCGAGAUCCUCAACCUGAUCAACCUCGUUGUGCCAGACAACAUGACAACCAUGGUGAUGGAUAACAACGUGUUGGGGGUCGUCACGUUUUCACUGUUGUUUGGCGUUGCGUGCGGCGUCAGGAGUCGCCAGGACAAGGACAAUCGUCUCGUCGACAUCCUCCGAGAACUGCACGCGAUCUUCAAAACCAUGCUCUCGUACGUCGUCGCGGUCACCCCUGUCGCCAUCAUCGCCCUCAUCGCAGCGCCGCUCCUCGCCCACACGCACACGUUGGCCGUUGAUGGCCCGCGACUCGCCGCCUUCCUAGGCACGUUUGUCCUCGCGGCGAUCAUCCACUGCUUCGUGGUGCUACCUCUGAUCCUCAUCGUGUCCACACGGACAAACCCGUUUCGAUUCUUCGGGUUGAUGAAAGAUGCCCUUAUAUAUGGCUUUUCGUGCAGUUCGUCCAGGAAAAGCACGCCCGUCGCAUCGCGGUCGAUGGAUUCCCUGGAAGGCAACCGCAACGUCGCAAGGUUUGCCACGUCCAUUGGUACAUGCAUCAACAAGAGCGGCGGUGCACUCUAUGUGUGCAUGGCUCUCAUUUGGACGUUUCGCAACGCCGGCCUCGGCUCACUGCUGACAUAUUCCAAGCUCGGCGUCGUGGGUGUCUUGUCCGUGAUUGGGUCUUUGGCCAUCCCCCCCGUCCGCACCGGGGGCGUCGCCAUUGUCGUAACCUUUUUUACGUACCUGAGCGGGGUUCCGAUCACGUACUCGUACAGCUUUCUCCUAGUGGCCGAGUGCAUCUUGGACCCCCUCACGACAGUGAUCAACCUCUGGGGCAACCUCCUGGUCGCUCGCAUCGCAUCGUUCAACAGUGUCUAGUCUAGAUCGUAGGUGUAUGUAUUUAUUCUUAAUAUAUGUGCCGCUAAUUUAACCUCCCA